AUGUUUAAUAUAAUCAUUGUUCUUUAUUUUCUUUUUGUUGUAAUUCAUCCAUUAAACUGUCAAUUAAUUCAAGAUGCCACAAGUGUAAUCAUAGAUGACGUAAUAUAUGUUCUUGGAGGAUCUAAUAAUGGAAAAACUAUACCUGAAAUAUUAUCCAUCGAUCUUACCACUUCAUUUACUAUUGAUUCUCCGCCAUGGUCACCUUCACUGGAAGCCCCACCUUUGGCAUUUUCAUCAAGCGGAGUAGUACUUGGCGGUUUUAAUAAUAAUUUUAUAUUAGUUGUUGGAGGUGAUAUACAAGACCCAAUUAGUCAAUCUCGAUUUGAAGCGCCUGUGGACAAUGUUAAUUUAAAUAGACCUAUUAGUCAGAGUAGACAAAUUGUACCAAACGAAAUGUCCGAUCACCGUAGAUAUCAUACAUCUACACUUCUUCCAAAUGAAGAUAUUGUAAUAAUCGGAGGUCUUGAUGUAAUACCUAAUGUUGUAAUAUUAGAAACAUCAGCAAAACCAUUUCAAUGGAGAAUUCCAGACAUUUCGGGAUUAGAGCCUCCACUGCUUAAUAUACAUUGUGCAGAACUUGUAGAAAAUAGAUAUAUAUUCAUCAUGUUUGGAGCAUUUGUAUUUUUCUAUAAAAAGCGAUCGGGUGCAGUUUCUGCACAAGCCGAGAAUGCAAAAAAUCGAACUAAUUAUUCUUAUGGAGGAAAAG